GGCCUCUGACCUGUCCGACUCGCUCCACCACCUCCCCUCAGCCUGCCCUGCCCGUCUUCCCACCUGAAUGCAUGCCUGAGGUCAGCCUCCAACAUGGCCGCCUUGACGGAUAGUGCCAGAGCAGACAUGGCAGUCAGCAUCACGACCUGUCUCGAUGCUACCAAGCAGGCCUUCUACGACGGCUCCGCCAUCCUCGACAAGAUCAAGAGAAAGCGCGCCCUGAAACGAGCCCCGCCCCCGCCGCGACUACUGGAGGAGAGCAUCGAUGCGGCCCCCGACGAGAUUGAGAAAGAGAAGCAGCGAGGACUGGCUCGCUUUGGGAAGGCCUUUCAAGAGGGAGACCACAUUGCCAUCAUUCAGUUGCAGCAGGUCACAAUACAGUUGCAGGCGAGUCUGCUGGAGAAGCUGCGCCACGCCGCCUUCGACGACGACUAUGCCAUUACCGACUUCACCUACCUAGUCGACGCCGCUGAUGGAGGAAGAGACAAGACCAUUGCCGUGUUGCACGAAUUCAAGCAGAGGCUGAUCCAUGGCACCUCGAGAGAAGACUUUCAUUCUCCCCACUCCAGCAGGACCGAGCUGGGAGUACACACACCCACACAAACACCACCACUGCAGCCUCCCGUCGCUGAAAUACCCCUCAAGUCACGAUCAGAGCGAACCCUCUCUCAGCCACAGCCCCCACUCUCCUUCCAACACCCAGCCCAGCGACCGAGUGAACUCAAAAAACAUCCAACAUGGCAGAGGGACUUUCGCGUGUCACCUUCCGACGACGGCGAUGCCACCUCGGGCGCAGAAGAAGUGCAAGAUGUACAGCAGCGACACAAGAAGCGAAACUCUCUCCUACACUUUUUGAAGCACACUCGUACGAACAGCACCACCGACAAGAACCUCCCGGAUGCUAUAGCAGAGGCCACAGCACCGACCAGCACCGCAUCAUCAACAGCAACGACAACAACGACAGUCCCUCUUGCCCUGCGUCCCUCGGAAGAUCUUGGGGCAAGACACUCUCACGAUAGACCUACGCGAGAUCGAUCCAACACAGCUUCUUCUCAUGUCACGAAUAACAACAAUAAUGGCAACAAUAGCACCGCCACCCGAGAAGCACGCUUCACCUACGAGGACUGGGAGGAUAAUCCGUCCGAAAUUUGGGGUGCUCGUCCCUCUCCGAACGAACGCCGGGAAACCCUUUCUCUCGCUCCCAACGCCACCUCGUCCAGCGAUAUCGAGAACUUCACCGCCCUCCAUCACGCAAUCUCCAAUACCAAUUCCCUCGCACCACCCUCCUCUCCCAACCUCACUCUGAAUGGCGUUCGCACAGCUAGUAUUGCCCCGAGCUUCGCCAGUUUCGGCGCCGGCAUGGCCGCAGGUCUUGGAGCCUCCAAUUCCCAUGCCUCUGGAGGAGCUGCAACAGCGCCUCAACCAUGCCCGGACAACGAAUUUCUCGGCCUCUGCAAAUCGUCCUGGAAACUUCAAAAUGGCGAUAAAAAGGGAGCCUUCACCGCACACAAACAAGUCGAGCCGUGGUCCCGUCAUCCGGGAGUAUACGCUGCCGCCCCCUACUUCCUCGCAUGUAACGCCAAAUCGUGCUUGUUCCGCUCCUCUCACGCUCACACCGAUGUCGAACUCAUCUGGCGGAGAGUAUUUACUUCCUCGGCAAAGGGCAUCAGAGUACGUUGGAGAUUUCUGGCAAAAUCACAUGUGGUGCAAAAAGUGGUCGUCAAAGGACAGUUUUCGUUCAAAUGUCUCUUUUGCGUGUUUCUCGGAGUCGUGCAAGGUGGAGGUGGUGUAUACCAUGGAAUCGAUUUGUAUCUGGAUCACAUCAAUUAUGCCCAUCGGGGCCAGAAAUUGAAUGACGUCGUGUUGUAUAAGACGGGUUGCGUGAUGGAUCGGGUCGCAGACGAUGGCGAGGAUUUUGACAUUAAUCUGUGGCCGGGGUAUGGGAACGCUGUCAUCCCCUGCGCGGGCAUAAAGGGCGAGGUGCAGUCACGUCAGAAAGACGGGACUGAAUGGUUGAGUGAUGAUCUAUUGAUGGGGGAUCCGAGCAAGAGUCACAAUGGAAGAGAUGACUCCAUGUUCUCUGCGAAUGAGCCGUGGAAUGAGGGGUUGAGCGACUUCCACUAUAGGGGCGAGUAUGAUCGGACCGAAUUGGAAUAGGAAUCUGAUCUGUACUCCAGUCAGCUACCUAUCGAGCUCUACCUUGACUUGCACAGGGAGAGCUACUGAACCGAAUAUGUCAACCGGUUGAUGGAACUAUGAACGCCAGAUUCGCAGGAUGCAGAGCUUCUCCCACCCUGCCGACUUCCCACUGGAAGACACAAUCUCGGCCUGCCAUGACCUCGGCCAGCUUCGAACCCUCCUUGCAACUUCCUCCGGCCUGUUCUGCUUGCACAGAAGAAUGUACGCCACUCCACGAUGGCUCAGCACUUCCGGGAUCUGUUCCAGCAGCCGAUCCGUCGUCUCCAUACCAUCUGCUCCUCCCGCAUACGACAAUGACAACAGAUGUGAGUCUCGAUCGAAGCGAGCCGUACGUGAGAGCGACUGGUAGUCCGACUGGUCGUUCCAUUGCGCUGGUAGCUCCUCUGUGGGCACGUACGGCGGAUUGAAGAUGAGCACAUCAACGGAACUGGGCCGGAGACAGGUGGUGAGGUCGCCGCAUAUGCUGUCGAGAAAGUUGGCAGUCUUUCCGGGGUGAGCGUCUUUGAUCGCGCCUUGUACCGUCUGUGCGGUGGCAGUGCAGGCGAAGGGAUUGACAUCCACUCCUAUACUGACUGCAUCGAUCCGUCCUAUGAUGUGAUUGGCAUUGGCUGUCGCAAAGGCCAGGACGACGCCAGAUCCCGGACCCACCUCGAGGACCAGUGGUGAUGGUGCAGUUGCUGGAAAACGGUUGUGCAGAAAGGUGGCCUCGGAACUGGAAGAGAGAGUGUCGAGGAGCAAGUACGAGUCUUCGGCUGGCUCGUAUAUGUGAGCAUAAUUGACGUGUGAUGUUGAUGGCGUUGGUAGCAUGGUGGCGGUGGUGGUGGUGCACUGAGAGUUGUUGUUGUUGUUGUUUAUUUAUGGGAGAUACCACUACUGUUUGGCGGGCAUUCGCAGGCGAAGAGCUUUUCCUUUGGGACAGAGGACCAAUCGCAGUCCUUGAAAUAUCGACAGUGACGUGCUGGGAGUUAUAGCGAGCGUUUUGAGCGUUUUGUUGACCAGCGUAUGGUGGUGAAAGGAAGGAUUUGUCACAUCAGGGUAGUCUGCACUUAUGGCCGAUGAAGUGGAGAUAUUGAGCUUCCCGCUGGUUGUCAUAUGCAA